CUCCUCGUGGCGGGGCGAGCGAACGUGGCAGCCGGCGGAGGCGGCCCCCCGGCCGAGCCUUCCCGCCCCUCCAUUUUGCACCGGGCGCAGAGCGGGAGGCUGAGGACAAAUUUUGAAGCACAAUGGAAGGUGUCAUCCUGUGAACAGGGAAACCAGCAGGAGGGCAGGAUUGUGUUCCUGAAAUAAAACCAUGAUGGAAGAGAGCGGGAUAGAGACAACGCCCCCCACGACCCCCCCACCCACCACAACCUGGGCUGCUUCUCCUCCUGCACCCCCAGUCUCACGAGCCCCGCUCCCUGUCCCAAAGGACCCCCCUACGUCCCCUUUUCCCUCUUCCGUCUUCUCUCCCGCCGCAACCCCUCUGGUCUCCUCCCUUCCUUCUGCACCCCCCACUUCCCUUUUGCCUCCGGCAGCCAUUUGCACAAACCCCGCUCCUGGGCCCGUCGGCCUGCCCCCCGUCGCUGCUCCGAUGACCUCCGGUUUUGGUCCCCCCGUGACUCAGUUUCCAGCAGCUUUGCCUCCGCCGAGCUGUGCUCCCGGGCCGCCGGGGUUUUCCGUGCCUCCCGCUGGGCCUCCGAUCUCUGGCUUUUCCAUGACUUCCAGCUAUGACAUCACGAAAGGCCAUGCGGGACGAGCGCCCCAGACACCUCUGAUGCCCUCCUACACGGCUCUACCUGUCACAGGUCCUUUGGCAAGCCCUCUGUCACAGCCGGUCCCUCUGUCUACCUCCACCUUACCCAGCGGCUCUUCCAUCACUUUUCCAGAGGAUCAUGGAGACCCCCAAAACAUCGGGGUGCACAAUGAAGCGUCUGCGGGAGGACUUUGGGGCUUCAUAAAAGGCGUGGCUGGCAAUCCUGUGGUCAAGUCGGUGCUGGAUAAAACCAAACACUCGGUGGAAACUGUGAUCACAACGCUGGAUCCUGGCAUGGCCCCGUAUAUCAAAUCUGGAGGAGAGGUGGACAUCGUGGUCACUUCCCUGAAGGAGAUCAAGGUCGCUGCAGUGAGACAAGCAUUCCAGGAUGUCUUUGGCAUGGCUACCGUAACGGGGGAAGAUGGCCACUCCAACAUAGCCCCCCAGCCUGUGGGCUACGCAGCUGGAUUGAAAGGGGCCCAAGAGAGGCUGGAUGGUUUACGGAGGACCGGAGUUAUCCACCAGAAGCAGCCAGCUGUGUCCGUGGAGAGCUUCAUUGCAGAACUGCUCCCUGACAAAUGGUUUGAUAUUGGCUGCCUGAUCCUGGAGGAUCCAGUCCACGGGAUUCAUCUGCAAAGCUUUACACAAGCCACACCCAUACCUGUGGAAUACAUACAACAGGCGCAGAGUUUGACUCCCGCGGACUACAACCUCCGGUGGUCGGGGCUGUUGGUGACGGUGGGCGAGGUGAUCGCCAGGAACUUGCCGCACGUCAGCCGCACCGACUGGCACGCGGCAUUCACCGGCAUGUCGCGCCAACAGAUGAUCUACAGCGCAGCCAAAGCCAUCGCAGGGAUGUACAAGCAGCGUUUACCCCCAAGGACCGCUUGAAAGGAAAAUCAGAAACUUCCCCAAGCCUGAAGAGAACCCAUGGAAGCAACAAGCAUGGUUUUGGCAGGGGGGGGCACUGUUUACUCUCCGUUUCCCACCCUGGUGCUACCCUGUAGUGCGUUGAGCUGGAAUUUCCAUGUUUGCAGACCAGCAAUUUUGGAAAAGCACCAGGUUGGAGAAAGUUGCAUUCACUAAAAUAACAUUUUCAAAGAGGUGCACAUUUCAAGUUAAAACAGUAAAGCUGCUGAUAUAUUAAGUCUUGUAAUUUGGGGCCGGAGAAUUAUUCCACUUGGAAUAAUUGGAAAUCCAAAAUCUGAAAAUCCCAUUUCUUGGUGUUUUGAUGUUUGUAAGGAUGGACGACAGUCAGGUAUAAAUAUUUGGCCUUUGUGAAAUAACCCCCCUUUUUAAAUUUUGUACCCAUCUUGUCUUCAUCACAGGGAUGCAACCAAGAUUUGUCUACAUUUUGCAAAAAGUUAACAGCGAUCCAGCAACAUUCUUGGGAUCUUCCAAAAAUAGGGCAUUACGGAAUAGUUGUAAUUCAGGGUUCUUUACUAUUUGAUUUUAUUUUUAAAGGUGAGUUUUAUACGAGACCCCAGUUUAAAUCGUUCAUUUUACGCAAAGGCCUUUUAAACUGAUUUAGUUCAGACCUACAGUUCAAAUCAUGGAAUUUAAAAUGCUGUUUUCAAAACAAUUGAACUGUUUGGUCGAAUUUGAUCCAGAGGUUUUGUUUUGGUUUAACUUUUCAGCAUUUUGCUUCCAGCAAAUCUAUUCAGGGGAAUUGCCUUCCCAUCAGAUUUCAGAAUCGUCUUAUCAGACGGUUAGUAUAAAUCAUUAUGUGUUAAGUGUCCAUUCAAGAAAAACAAUCUCCUGAUGAUGUAGGGCCAACUGUUAAUACAAGCAGAUAAACUGCAUUUUGUUGGCAGUUAGAUAUAAUUGCGACUUCUGAAAAAGCCAAUUCUUAUCCCUUUUCUGUCUCUGUUCUCUAUCUCAUAUUUCUGUACUUUGAUGCUCUCAAUUCCUAUUUAUAAACUGCUAAGAUGAUAUUUUGAUAACAUUUAGUACCAGCUUCUCAAAUUUAUACUGCUUAAUCUUUUCUCUUUUUUCUAGAGGCUUUCAAAAUACAAUUUUAUAUAGAAUACCUAGCCAGCCAGUUUCUUAAUAUUUUCCCAAGAAUGUUACUUGUUUUGAUGUAAAUCAGAAUUAAAUCAAUACUGCUCCAA